AUGCUUUCUGCUAUAAUUAUUCUUCUUAAUACAAUUAUGAUACAUAGGUUCGCAAAAAGGUUUUUUUCUGGCGAAGUCCCACCCGAGCCAUCAGCUUGGGCUUAUGCCAAAUGACUUGGAGCCAUACCCUUUGGUCUUUUUUCCUUAAUUGCAAUAUAUGAGUAUCUAGAAGAAAAGAAAAGAAUUGCUAAUUGGCUUGCCAACUAUAAUGAAGACAAAGAGAAAGAAAAUCCUUUAGAGAAAAUGAUUAGAAAGGCACUGAGACAUUAUCAUGGCUCUACAAAGAAUGAUUUUUUAGACGAAGAAGUCAAAGAGAAGCUCAGAGCUGUCUGCGUCGAGCAUAACACAAGCCCAAAAGAUUAUAAUGAGUUCUAUACAAUGAUGAAUGGCUUCAAGGACAGCGAGCCCAUAGUAAAACAAGUUUUAUCAAUCUGCGCCAACCCAGACAAGUCAGAGCAGUGCAGAGUUUUGAUUCAAAUGUCCUAUAUGUUUGACUUUAUAUCUUAA